AUGUCAAAUCUGACAACUGAAACGCGUCCAGAACGUCUGAAAAUGGUUGAUCAAGUCUUGAACAUUACAAAUGACAAGAAAAGCAAGAACAAAAGCUUAGCGACGAGGCAAACCAUAACAAAGGCUACACCAACAAAUGCAAAGGCAAUAGCAAGGAAAUUCACAGGAGCAAUGGCAAGAAAGUAUGAUGUUUUUAUUAGCUUUAGAGGCAAAGAUAUUCGUGAGGGUUUUCUCUCCCAUCUCUUUGAUGCAUUGCAGCGAAAACAAAUCAAUACCUUCUUGGAUGAAAACCUUCGGAAGGGAGAAGAGAUCCCACCUACUCUCUUGGAAACAAUUGAAGAUUCUUAUGUCUCAAUAGUUGUUUUCUCUCAAAAUUAUGCAGAUUCUCCAUGGUGCUUGGAUGAGCUUGUGAAGAUACUCGAAUGCAAGGAAACUUUAGGACAAGUAGUCUUACCAAUUUUUUACCAUGUAUAUCCAACUGACGUUCAAAACCUCACAGGGAAUUUUGGGGAGGCAUUUGCUUUUGCUGAGCAUAGAGAAGAACUCAAAGGCUAUUUAGACAAGGUGGAUAAAUGGCUCCAUGCUUUGACGGAAAUAAGCAAUUUAUCAGGAUGGGAUUCACGGAACAUCAAGUCUGAAUGCAAACUAGUUGAGAAAAUAGCCAACGAUGUUUCAGAGAAAUUAAGACACGCCUCUUCAAGUGAUUCUUACAAUGAUAACUUAGUUGGAAUUGAUUCACGUGUCAAGAAAGUGGAAUCCUUGUUAUGUAUUGAAUCAACAAAUGAUAAAAGGGCCAUAGGAAUUUGGGGAAUGGGAGGUAUUGGCAAGACAACUAUUGCUGGUGAAGUAUUUAGUCGAAUUAUGGCUAAAUUUGACGGUCACUAUUUUGUUGAUAAUGUCAGAGAGGAAAUGAGAAAGCAAAGACCAAUUGUUUUACGAGAUAAAAUCAUUCAUCAAUUGUUAGGAGACAAAAAUUUAUAUAUAAACACACCUAAGUUACAUGCUUUCAUUAGGAGAAGACUUAAGAACAAAAAGGUUGUUAUUGUUUUCGAUGAUGUGGAUGAUCCAAACCAUUUAAAGCUUCUAGCAGGAGAGUGUGCUUUAUAUCAUAAUGGAAGUAGAAUCAUUGUAACGAGCAGAGAUAGGCACGUGCAUAAGAAUGUUUGCCCCGAGGAUUAUAUAUAUGAGGUUGAAAAAUUAAAUUAUGAUGAAGAUCUUUGUCUUUUUAGCUUGUAUGCAUUCAAACAAAAUCAUCCCAAGAAAGGAUAUGUGAAUAUAUCGAAGAAGGUGAUAGCAUAUGCUCAAGGCAUUCCACUGGCUCUUAGAAUUUUAGGCUCUACUUUGUAUGACAAGGAGAUUGAAGAAUGGGAAAGUGAGCUGGAAAAACUAAAAGAUAUUCCUGAUAUGAACAUUCAAGCAGUUUUGAAAAUAAGUUAUGAUGGACUAGAGCGACAUGAAAAGAGCAUAUUUCUUGAUAUUGCAUGUUUGCUAAAAGAGGAGCUUAAAGAUCGUGUUGAGAGAAUAUUAGAAGGUUGUGAUUUUUUUCCAAGAAGAGCGAUAAGUCAUCUAAUUGAUAAAUCUCUUGUGACUGAUUCAAACGGUAGGAUGGGUAUGCAUGACUUGUUACAACAAAUGGGGAAGGAUAUUAUUUAUGAGGAAUCCAAACAGCUUGGAGAACGCAGCAGGUUGUGGAAAUAUAAGGAUAUUUGUCAUGUAUUGACAACAAAUGCUGUAACUGAAAAUGUUGAAGGCAUAUUACUUGACGUGUCUGGGAAUGGAUAUUUGGAGCUAAGUUCCAUAGCCUUCACGAAGAUGUGCAAUCUUAGAUUUCUUAAACUAUUUGAUGCUUCUUAUUCCAGACAAGGACAAGUUCUGCUUCCUAGCGGCCUUGAAUUUCUACCAGAAGAGCUAAGAUACCUUUACUGGGAAAGAUACCCUUUGAAAUCCUUGCCAUUAAAUUUUUGCCCAAAAAAUCUUGUAGAACUUCACAUGCCUAGAAGCAACCUCAUACAACUUUGGAAUCGAGAUAAGGCUCUUGGAAAUUUGAAAUAUUUAGACCUCAGCUACUCUUUCGAGCUAACCAGAGUUCCAGACUUGUCUAGCGUUUCAAAUCUUGAGGUUUUAUAUUUGGACGAAUGUAGAAGCUUGAUUGAAAUUCUCAGCAGCAUUGGCAAGUUGAAAUGUCUAAAAGAAGUUACUCUCAAUGAUUGCAAAAAACUGCAUAGCAUUCCACAAAGCAUCUGCAAUCUGAAAUCUCUUACAGACCUUGAUAUCUCAUAUUGUUUGAAUGUCAAUGGAUUGCCAGAGAACAUAGGGGAUUUAGAAUUGUUGAAGCUUCCAUGCUUAGAAGAGUUACAUGCAUCGAAUUGCACAUCUCUGGAAUCUGCAUCAACAUCAUUCCUUUUCCAAGAACAUGAAGAUGAAGAAGAAGAAAAAUAUCUUGACUUUCGUAAUUGCAUCAAUUUGGAUAAGGGCGUAUAUGAGAAAGUAAUGGAGGAUGUAUUGGAAACGCAUCUGUUGAAACACAAGGUUGUUAAAUUAUUUAUAGCCGGGGAUGAAGUGCCUCAAACAAUGAGAUACAAGAACCAGAGUGGAUCUUCUCUUUCAUUCAUACUAGAUCGGCCUCACUUGAUUGGUUUAUCCUUUUGUGCUGUUUUUGAUCCCAAAAAUUGUCCUGGUGAUGAUAUGGCUGACAUUAUUUGCAAAGCCCAAUUCAUAGAUAAAUCUGGAGAUAACAGUAAAAAUUUUGAUUUCUAUUUGAUGAUUUUGAAAGUUGGUCUGUCAUAUUCAGAACAUGUGUUCCUUUGGAAUGAAUUGUUCAACAUGGAAGACAGUUUCGUUGAGGCCUCAUUUCAGUUCUGCAUUCACAAGGUGUCAUUCAAGCCAACAUAUCAUGAGGAUUUUGAUUACGAGGCUAUAAUUAAGUGUGGGGUACAUCCUGUGUUUCGAGACGAUUGUCUUUGCAGAGAUAAAAAGAGAAGCAGAAAUCAAGAAGAUGAGGAAGACGAACCUUCACCUCAAAGAUUGAAACAAGAACAAAACCCUUCUCAUACGCAGGAUAAAUCAUGA